AUGAUUUAUCAAAAGAGUGGUAAGAGUCCGAGGAAACACGCUGUUCCGGCACAACGGACCGCUGAAGGUGUAACGCCCACAAAUGGAGACAGUUCAUCAGUGAAGCCAGCUAGGCCCAGACGAUUUAGUCUUUUGUAUUCUUCUGAUUCGUCACUUAGCGAUAUGUCAGAUCGACAGUCCCAUUCUGAUAUAUCUGAAGAAGGUGAAGACGAUGAUGAUGAUGAUGACGACGACGAUACUAGCAGUAGCUCUGAUGAUGAUGACGAAAAUAUCGAUUUUGUGAAACUAUCAGCACAAAGGAAGAAAAAAGCGAUGCAGGCAUUGUCACUUUUCAAAAAUAAACAUCAGCUCAACAACGACUCUCAAGCCAUAGAAGAAGAAGAUAUAGGAGAAGAAGUGGAUGAGAAGAUAACUACAGGCAACCGCCCCGAUAAGGCCACAAAGGCGGCCCAGAUAGAUGAAGACCUACCGGUACCGCAGUUUAAAUCCGAUAAUGAGGAAGACAACGAACUGGAUAAAAAUAUUGAGAAUGAUAGUGACAGUGUAGGAUCUUCAAAAUUAGCAAACAAUUCAGGGUUAGAAGAGGACAGUGAUCAAGGUGGAGCUAUAAGCUCGGAGGAAGAAUCAGAUUACGACAUUGAUCAGGAUGCUUACUUCAAUGCUAUCGAAAAAGAGGAUGAUCUAGAUUCAGAUGCAGAAACUGGUAAUGACGAUGAAGAUCUACCAAUGAUUCUACAUGAGGAAGAGCAAAAUAUAGUAAAGGAACUAGGUAGUGACGAUAACUUGUCUGGAUGGGAGGCUGAGAGUACUUUGUCAAACUUCGAUAUAUAUAGCGGAUUUGAUAACGAUGAUGAAGAAGAAAAUGAAGAUGAAAAUGAUAGUAAAAAGCUCUCUACCACCUCUCAAAAGGAUUCAACAAAUGAUGAUAUUAUGAAUGAACUAAAAGAUUUCAAAAUUCCCAACCUAAAUACAGCAAAACCAUUUUCGCAUAAGAAGGGUGUUACCAGUGAUAUGUCAAAAUUUUCAAUUAAAAAAAAGAGAGGCGAUAAAACUACGCCCUCAAAGCAUGAUACACUACCAAAAGCCAGCUCAAUAGAUUCUGAUGACUAUAUUUUUAAUGUAUUCUUCCAAUCUGAUGAUAGCGAAACAGAAAAUAAUAGUAGUAAAAAAUCUGCUAAAUCAGCCGAUGACCCACUAAAAUUAAGUGAUUUCUUCAAAACAAAUGCCGAUAAGGCGAAGUCUAUGAGUAACAGUUCUCACAAUCUUUUACACGACGAAGCACAUUUGCCUUCAGAUGACGACUCAUACCUCUCAAAUGGUACGUUGGAUAAAGGCCUUGAAGAAAGUCCAGAUGAAGACAACUUUUCAGACUUAGAGGGCAUAUCAAUAAGUUCGAUUGAUUUUGAUGAGGAUGAUGAUGACAUCAGCAUUAAUAAUGUUUUUGUUGACAUCGAUGAUCUAGACCCGGAUUCCUUCUAUUUUAAAUAUGAUGAUGAUGAAGAAAGUAGUGGAAGUGUUGAUGUAGAAAAUAUUAGCCUAUAUUUGAGUGAGGGGAAAAAUGGUGGCCACGAUGUGAUCGAAACCACUGUCUAUGUUCACGAUGAUUCAACGGAUGAGGAUGACAACUUACCACCACCUGAAGCUAGAAAUAAAACUAUAGGUACAAAAGCAAAAGAGAUUGUCAGUGCUAAUGUAGUUGGCUUAAAGCCGCCCAAAUUGGGAACAUGGAAUACAGAGAACAAGCCUUUCAGUAUAAUUGACGGUCUUUCUACUAAAUCUUUGCAUUCACUAAUUCAAGAGCAUCAGCAGAUGAAAGAACAAAAGUUAAAUGAUAUCACAUUAACUAAAUCUGACUUCUCAGGUACUUCAUCACCUGGAGGUGACGAACUAACCUUAAAUGAGUUAUUAAAUAUGAGUGAGUUGGACGAUGAUGAAGAUAAAAGUGUUGUAAGCCAUGGUAUUCCUUCUAAUAUGAACAAUGCUCAUCUUAACAAAGGAAAUAUUUAUAACUCACUGUCAGUUACAGACUGGUAUGAGAAGCCAAAGGUACCGCUGUCUGCAUUUAGAAACAAGGGCAUAAGCUCUUUUCAGGAAGAAGAUUAUAUGGCCAAUGCUACCCAAAUAAAAAAAGUCCCAAUUGGUUAUAUGGGAAUGGAAAAGACAAGGCGGAAAUUUGAUAAGAUGAAAGAAUUGCAGAAGAAAAGACAGGAGAAAAAGAGGAGGCUAAGAAAGAAAAAGAAGUUACUAAAACUGAAAAAAGAGCAGGCUCGGCAACUUCAAGAGAGUGAGAUAGAACGUCAACUUUCAUUACCUCCCGUGCAUUUGGCUCAAGAUCAAGAUUUAAAGUUAUCAAUUUAA